GCGGUGCCGAGUGGAGUGGCGCGUGGGAAAAAAAGCAGGGGGUGACUUGGAGCAAAGCCGGGGCGGAGGACACGUCAGCAGCAGCAGCAGCACCCACUACAUAACAUACAACAAUCCACUCCGAUCACUUCCUCAACUUCUUGAUCACAAGCCACCGAACGAACGACAACGAGUGGACAGCUACAUACAUACGAGCUCAGGAUCAUCUAGAUGCCUCGAUCGGCAAAGACGAAGGCUGGGCGCCCCAGUCCCAUCGACAGAACCAAGCACACCCCCAUCGUUUCGAAGGCAGCCGCCGCCGAAGGACCCAGCCAGCCAGCCCAGGAGUCAAACGAGCCAGCCCUCAACAAUCCAAUCAUCGUAGUACAUCCCAAGCACAGGCACAUUAAACGGGACCCUCCACCCUACGACCCUAACCUGCCAAUCAUCACCGAGAACAAAUUCUACACCAUAUCCUCUUUCCCACAGGAUCUUCAAGCUGAAAUGAUCAACAAAACUCACCUGCAAGUCAUCUCUGACUACUUCUUGAAAACUGAUCAGAUGCGAGAAUUGGCCCAUUGUUAUGGUUUUUUCUUUAUCGAGGGACCUUGGGAUCUUGACGAGCUUAGUAUACUAGAGGAAGAACUGGAUCGAUUUUGUCAAACUAGAAACUGUCCUAAGCAAUCACUUGGCAAGGAACUCAAAGGUAAAAAAACGGAACUUGACUUGGUUCCAAUACUUGCACAGAAGUUGAUCUGGCGAGAAAAAACUGCGAUCGUCAACAAACUUAAGUACGAAUGUACCUACCGUCCCUACCGUCAGCCAGAUCAAAAAACGGCUCGUAAGCUCUGGACUGAGGAAGAACAUGGGUUCUUGCUGCAAGCACUCCAAGAGCCCCAGUUUCGGUUGGAAGAUAAGCACGGCCGCAAGAAGGCCAUUUGGGAAAACGUGGUUCAACAUUGUAAGACACUUGGUCAUUUUGACAAAGAUUAUAAACAAUGUCAAAGAAAAUGGCGUGAAUCUUCAGCUACUAGGAUGAAUACUGGCGGACAUUUUCACCAAUUCUUUCACGGCGAUUGGUGUAAAUUCUUAAUCCGACUUCGGGAUCAUGAUUUCCAAGGCCCAUUAGGCUUUCCUUGGAGGCAAGUCCAGUUUGGUGAUUUCACUGCUGCACACCUCCGCAGGCUUUGGAAAAAAUUUGGGAAGCCUGAGGCAAAUGAUAGCUACGAGUCGUACUUUGACCGGGUCAUCAAGGAACAUCUAGAUUAUACAGUCGACAAGCUCAAUAAAAAAAAAUGUGGUGGCAAUCGAAAAGACUUUGCUGUUCUCGAUUGUUUGGGGAAACGCCCUCAGCGAAAGGGGUACCAAGACCCACCUCGAUACUUCCAACACUCAGAUUUAUUUGUUUGAAUUGUUUUUGUUGUUUUUCCCUCUUCCUUUUCUGGAUUCUUCUUACAAGUUGUCCAUUGCAUGCUUUGACUUAAAUUAUGAUGGCUAUGUCUGACUUGUGAAAAACAAAAAAAUGAUGAAAAUUUGGAUCAGAAGUACACAAUCG